AUGAGCAGCAAGCGCACUCUUUUAUCGACAUCACCUGAUCAUAAAGAACAUACACCAAAAAAAUACGCGCCGUCCCUAAAUAUGAGUGUAAGCAGUCAUCAAGACGUGUUUACAUGGAGCAAACUAUGCGAAGUCCUGGACGACAAAUUGAAGGGUGUAGCAAAGAAAGAAGAUCUGACGGAUAUCAAACAUGAAAUUGAAGAAUUAAAACAUGAGAAUUCUAAAUUAAAGGAAGACAUAAAGAAAUUAACAAACCGUCUAGAACUAGUUGACCAGAAAUCGAGAACCACAAAUAUCAUGGUACCGCCAGCGAAGUCCAAAGGGUUUUAAAUGCUAGAAGUAACCUUAAGGGACAAGCAAUUUUUAUUCAGAAGGAUUACACUGCAGCU